GGGACAAGCUUGAAGGUGGGGGUGACGGCUUCCAGUAACCUCGAUGCCUCAACAUUCAUCACCCUGACUCUUACUUAUCACGACAGCGCCUGCGACCGCAGGACCUCCGUCGCCCGCCAUGGCAGAGCCGCUCCCGCCCGCGCUCAAGAUGCCCGAGAUCAGCCGCUUCAUUAAUCGCGCGAACCAGCUGCGCACCAUCAAGCCGGCCAUUGCCUACUGGUGCGAGUACCACGCCGUCAACCAAAUCGUCGGCAAGGGCCUCCACCAGACCGACGACGACAGCUUCAACUUCACGCGCACGCUGCUCGAGCGCCUCGAGACCACAAAGGCCGAGCGCGCCGACGACGACGCCAUCGUCGACAACGACGCCGGGCAGGCCUACGUCGAGCAGUUCGCGCAGGAGACGUUUGCGCGCGCCGAGCGCGCCCUCCGCGCCGACCGCGUCACCCGCCAGACGGCCGACACCUUUGACGCCGCCGCCACCUUCUUCGACCUCACGCGCGAGUGGGCCGACCCCCCGGACGCGGAGACGCUCGCCAAGAUCAAGUUUGCAAAGUGGAACGCCGCGCGCAUCCUCAAGGCGAUCCGCGAGGGUCGGGACCCCAACGAGUCGAACCCCAAGCAGCCUGAGGCGGCGGGCGGCGCCGCUGCUGGUGGGGAGGACGAUAUGGAUGCCGAGCUGCGCCGCCUCGCCGCGCAGGAUCCCGAGGCGCGCGAGCUCAUUAGCCCACAACCGCCGCGCGCCGCGACUGUGGAGGACGUGCCCGACGACGAGCCGGCCGCCGUGCCCACGUCCCUGCCGGACGAGCCUCCGAUGCCUCCGCCGCAGGUCCAAGACGAAGGAUACUUUCCCGCGCCGCCUCCUCCUCCUCCCGUUGUCCCUUCACAUCCGUCCGCUCCCGCCGAGCCGUUCGUCCCUUCGCCCAUGAGCGCCAGCCCGUCCCCCGCGACGCAGAUCCCCCCGCAGCCCUCACCGCAGAUCCCGACCAAGCUCCCCUCACGGUUCGCGCCGCCUCCUCCCGCUCCGCAAGAACCUUCUGCGCCGCCGCCUGCGUGGAGUGCCCCUCCGCCCGUUGCACCGACCGCCCCGGCGCCGGCUCCCGUGCCGGCAACGACGAUGCACCACAAGGACCUGAACCAGGCGCAGAAGCACGCCAAAUGGGCCAUCUCGGCGCUCAACUUCGAGGACGUACCCACGGCGGUGCAGGAGCUGCGCAAUGCGUUGGCUAUGCUUGGCGCGCAGUAGGGCCGACGACGCGACGACGUGGGUGUCGUGGAGUGUACUUGGCGACGAGGGCGCAGGUGUGAAACCUGGGCCGUUGCACCGAUUGGCGUAAUCACAUACCAACUUGAUAUUCUCGAACCAUUGAUGAGCGGAUGAGUGAAUGGAGUAUUGAUAAGUACCUAUUUGCCUGGAAUACAAGCCCC